AUGAUGAGAGUUGCUGUGGACUGUUGUAAUGUAAAAUACGAAGUUGUGGGGCAGAAAUAUGGAACUAAAAUGCCUUUACCAAAUGCUCAAAUAAAUAAACUGAAAAAUAUAUCUAGAAGACUGCAGUUUGAUGAGGCACCAAAUGAUAGGGAAGUUGCUCAAAAAAUAAUUUGUUAUGGCAGUCAGACAUUAGAAAAUGACGAUGAUGGCCAGCUUUAUCCGGAUGAAAACUUAUCUCCCAACAAACAAUAUCAUACAGGAACAAGAAUUUCUAGAUCGCCAAUUGCCAGUUGUGCAUCCCCACGUGAUUUUUCAAAAAAAAACAGUAACUGCAUUGUGUCUUGUUAUGACUUGCAGGCAGUGAUGACCGUGCCUAAAGGAGAAAUAUCAGUAUUUUAUUAUAAAAUAAAGUAUUUGCCGAUUAAGUCUAUAACACACACAUUUCUCAUCAAGGGUCACACCCAAAAUGAGGGUGAAGCGGUACCUUCAAUGAUUGAGAAAGAAGUGAAGAAAAUGUUAAGAUCUGGUCCUAUUUAUGUCCCCGACAAAUACAUUGCAGCAAUAAAGAACGCCCAUAAGAAAGGAAAUCUCUAA